AUGCUCCCCCGCCAUCUCCGCCGUGUAGUCCUCACCCCCUCGGCCCCUGCUCUCAUCAGAGCUGCCCUCCUCGCCCGCAACACCGCCCGCCUCAGCCGCCUCCCGCCCUCAUCAGCAUUCCACUCCUCCUCGCCGCGCCACGAUGAGCCCAAGUCGCCGUUCCAGACGUUCGUCGAGGUCCUCAGGGAGGAACUCCGCAAAAAUCGCGAGCUCCAGGACAACGUGAAGCAGCUUCAGGGCGACGUCGAUAAGCUCCAGGACUCGGACGCGAUGCGCCGCGCGCGGGCGGCGUACGAGCGGGCGAGGUUGACGUCGAGCAUCAAAGAGAACCCGCGAUUGCGCGCUGCAGCGGAGGAGCUCCGCAAGACCGGUGUCAAGGUGGGCGACGCCGUCUCGGAGGCACUCAAGACGAUGGAGGAGAGCGAUGUCAUGCGCGCAAUUUCCAGAGCGUCCUCCGCGGUGUCAUCGACGAUCGCGACGACGACGGAGCCGAUCCGCAAUACAGCUGCCUACAAGGUCCUCUCUGAGACACUCAUAGAUGCUUUAGACGACAGCGGGAGCGCAAAGCAUGGUGGGUUCGAGGAAAAGGAGGUGCGGCGGAAGCGGCGGCAGAUGCGUCUCGCGAAGGCGGGAAUCAGCACCAUCGCCGGGGGAGGGGGGCGCGUGGAGGCGAACGCCGAGGCGGGCUCCGCGCUGGUGCUGCACAAGGACUCGCCGCGGCGCGAGGCAUGGGAGCGCAUGAAGGCGACGAACCCGCUCCUGCGCUCGCUCGUCUCGCUGCGGCAAGCGUACGAUGAGUCCGAGAACCCUGUGGUCUCGUCGCUGCGCUCCGUGACGCAGACGAUCGGGAGCUGGUUCGACGAAAACGAGAACGCGCGCGUGCAGCGGCUCAUGAAGGCGCUCGACCCGACGUUCAACAUGGAGUCCUUUGAGCGCGAGCUCCGCGAGUACAUCGUACCUGAGGUCGUCGAUGCAUACCUGAGCGCGGAUCGGGAGGCGCUGGAGGCGUGGUGCGGCGAGGCGACGUACAAUGUCUUGUGGGCGACGAUGGAACAGUACCUAAAACAAGGACUCAUCAGCGACAGCAAAGUCCUAGAUAUCCGCCAAGUCGAUGUUUCGGCUGGCAAGGUCCUCGAAAACGACGUACCCGUGUUCGUGAUCACGUUCGCGACGCAGGAGAUGCUGCUCUUCCGAAACGCGAAGACGGGUGAGAUUAUGGUCGGCGCGGAGGACCGCCUCGAGCAAUGCCACUACGCUGCAGUGAUCACGCGCGUAGAGGGCGAUCUCGACAACGAGCUCACCGGUGGCUGGAAGGUCGUCGAGAUGGCGAGACGAUCCGCGCGCGCAUACCUAUAG